UUCAAAUUUCACAAAAAGCGACAUUGGCUCAUAAAGAUUGUCAAAGAACAAAACGUAUCGCCUAAGCCUGUGUUUACCACAAUCAUUAGUUUCGGUGAUUAUUCCCCAAAAAACUACAAAACGCCAUUAAUUUGUCUCAUAGACUUGGUCCAACGAACCAUGGCAGAGUUAUCGCCUAUAAAAAGGCGCCAUUACUAUCUCUCUCUAUGCCCUCUCUCACCCCGGUUUAGCAAGAAAAUCCGUGAAGAGCCGUGCUUUUUUAAUGGGUGAUUUGAGUGCAGUGAUGCCUACCAUACUAAACCAUCUUUGGCCAGACGGUGGAUGGACGCUGUGUCUCCACUUCCGCAUGUUCACGGAUUUGUAGGUUACGUUGUGUCCCGGUUACACCGUGUACUUUCCUUUCGCGUUUUUGUGUCCCCGAUCGCUCCACCCUUGGAAGAAUAAAUCAGUCAAUUAUACAACACAAUCUGCCCCCCUCCUCCCUAUCCAAUACUACCGCCUUAUCCACAUGCAUUGGAGUCUUGGGCCCCGGCGUACCGGCUCCAGCCAUGUCGGCAAGGAAUMCAGCGGCUGGCGGCGGUGACAGAGCGACAGGGGAACAGACAGGGGAUGUGUUGAUGGAGGAAAACCAAAGCCAUUCUGUCUCUCUGCCCAGCUUGAUGACCCCCACCUCAGCCGCUGGCAUGACCUCAGGAAUGGAAUUGCCCCGGAAACGCAAGGGAAGCAUGGACAUGGAAAUCAAAUCGGCCUCCAAUCUGGUUGCAGAUAUGAAAGAUGAAGAAGACCGGUCUGAAGGGGAGGACUCUCAGGCUAAAAUCAAAUGCUUCAGGGAACCUCACAGCCAGAUCGAGAAGCGGCGGCGGGACAAGAUGAACAACRUGAUCGACGAGCUGUCAGCCAUGAUUCCCACCUGUAACCCCAUGUCCCGCAAGCUGGACAAACUCACCGUGCUCAGGAUGGCUGUGCAGCACCUCAAAUCCCUCAAAGGUUCCACCUGUUCCUUUGCUGAAGCCAAUUAUAAGCCUUCAUUCCUCCCUGAUGACGAGCUCAAACACCUCAUUCUCAAGGCUGCAGACGGGUUCCUGUUCGUAGUGGGUUGUGAUCGCGGAAAAAUAGUCUUUGUCUCAGAGUCCAUCAACAAGACACUGAAUUACAGCCAGACAGAACUGAUUGGACAGAGUCUCUUUGACUACAUUCACCCAAAGGACAUGGGGAAAGUAAAGGAGCAGCUCUCAGCUUCUGAGUUAUACCCCCGCGAGAGACUAAUAGAUGCCAAAACGGGCCUGCAGGUCCAGGCUGACCUCCCGGUUGGAGCAGCUCGGCUGUGUCCGGGCGCGCGACGCUCCUUCUUCUGCCGCAUGAAGUACCACAAGAUCUCAGUCAAACAGGAGGACAAGGAAUUCCAGUCCASCACAUCGAAAAAGAAAGAGUCUGAGAAGUACUGCACUGUCCACUGCACGGGCUACAUUCGCAGCUGGCCCACCAGUCAGCUGGGAGAGGAGGGGGGUGAGGGGGAGGCUGACAAGGACAGCUCCCACUUCAGCUGCCUGGUGGCCGUGGGCCGUGUCCACCCCCACGCCGCCUCUCUUGUCAACGGGGUCAACGAGGUCCUGGUCAAAGCAACGGAGUUCGUCACGCGCUACGCCAUGGAUGGCAAGUUCACCUUCGUCGACCAACGAGCCACCACUGUCCUAGGAUACUUACCCCAGGAGCUGCUUGGAACGUCAUGCUACGAAUACUUCCAUCAAGAUGACUUGCCACAUUUAGCAGAACGACAUCGAAAAGUGCUGCGGAGUAAAGAGAAAAUAGAGACAAAUUGCUACAAAUUCAAAACGAAACAUGGCUCUUUUGUCACACUACAAAGUCGGAUGUUUAGUUUCAUAAAUCCCUGGACCAAAGAAGUAGAAUACAUAGUGUCAACCAAUACUGUCAUAUCCAGUGACCACAGUCCAACAGACAGAUCUGGGAACAAAGCAGAACAGUCAAGUAAUUCCAAGGCUUCUGAAGACGAUGGCAGUAAGUCUCUUCCCAUCAUCCCGGGGAUCUCCAGUGCUUCCAGUACCAUGAUCUAUGCAGGGAGCAUCGGGACCCAGAUCGCUAAUGAGCUGCUGGACUACAACAGGAUGAACUCGUCCCCAUCCAGCGGUAAUGUCAGCCCCUUCACUGUGCUGAAGGACAAGUCUCCUCUGCAACUUACACUGUACAGCAGCAACGUGCCAAAUGGAGAGGUGGCAGACCUGGAGAUGCCAGGGAAGUCCAGUUCAGAGGAAGGAGAACAACAAGAACACAAAAGACCACAAUUCCCUGCAGGAGAAUCACUCAUGGUGGAAACUUCCCAGCUGGAUAUGGAGAAUGUGAUGGACCCUGGCCUGGGAGGCCUUAGUAAUGACGAGGCGGCCAUGGCAGUGAUAAUGAGCCUGCUGGAGACGGACGCCGACCUGGGCGAGGCCGUGGUCAUGGAUGAGAUCAACUGGUCCCUCUGAACUGGUCCCUCUUUGUGUCAUCUCUACUGAAACUCUCCACGUCUCACUAAAAUUGACUGCACUGAUCUCUCAAACUUGCCACAGCUCACUGAAAUUCGCAGCCUCUCUGAAAUCCCCCCCUUGGCUCUCUGAAACACACUACAGCUCUCAAUAACUCGACCCAAACACAUUUCCCUCAGUACAGUUUUCUCGAUCACCAGGUAUUGGCUCCCUUUUUAAAACAUAUUUUUAUUUAUUUAUUCGUUGUUUUAGUUUUUUCCACAUAAGCUGUGUAAUCUUCAGGUGGCUGUUUACAAUUUUUUUUUUAAGACAAUGGGAUCGAUUGGCGAUAAGGGACAACAGCUCUCCACCACUUUCAGUAGGAGGAAGAGAAGAGGCUGUGCCUACAAAGCCUUUCAGGUGGCCAUUUUGACUGUUCUUGGCGGCUAAUUGUCCGUAUCUGCUUUCCUCAGACCUACAGAUCACGUUCCCCUGCUCAGACGUUGCAUGCGUCUACCAAAUAUUGUGUGCCAAGUCAUCGACUGACAGAUUGCUAUAACAUAUGAUGUGGUUAGCUGAUACGUAAAAUACCUAUCCAGGGGUUGUAAGAUCUGGCAUGCAUCAGCUACGCCUGGGCAGAGGAACGCGCCCACAGUCUCUCCCCAUCUCUGGAGUGGCCUUAGGAGGCGUGGCCUAUUUUAGCAGCAGCCAUUUUGUGUCAUCCUGUAAGGCUAUGGCUGAAUCCCAAAUCACUCCCUUGACCCUCCAUUCGUGCUUUCACGCUUGCCUCCGCCAUAUGCACAAGUGUCCCAAAGCAGAGGGAGUGAAAAUUGUCAUGGGUGUAGGGGCUAAUUAGACAGCCAAGCAAACAAGGCUGCAGGCUUUAGAACGAAGUGCUAUCCCGACACGCUCCGCGAUAUGUUUUGAGUUUGUGCAAAUACUUUUAUUUGAAUAUACAAGUAGUUGAAUAUUGGAAUGCAUUUGGCAAUACACUUGGAAAGUAUUGGCAUGUAUUUGAAAAUAACCAGUAUUUAUACAAAUAUUUAAAUACUCCCAUGCUUUUGAACCCAUGUCUGUUUGGUCCUAGGUUUAUUUUAAAUAAUAUAUUUGGAAGUAACCAUUUGAAAAUACUUAGGCUUAAAUAGUAGGCUAUUUUAUAGGAAAUCAUUUGAAAAUGCUUCUAAUAGAAGUAGUUGAUUCGGCACCACAUUAUUUGAAAAUACUUAAAUACACAGGUCUGGUUGACAUUGACAUUGAGAGUCACUGAUAGUGUGCUAUCAAUGUGCCACUUAGAGAUUUUCCCACCAUCAGAGUAACUGAGUGGGUGGGUGUGUGCGUGUCACGGCCUAACCACCAACUCUGGCACACAGCAUUUGGACCGACGUGUGAAGACCUGGUAUGGAUAAAUGCCACAUUCACCCACCAUCUUGACACAGUCUUAAAAACAGAAAUGGAGGUUUAAGGGAAUAGACUUAAAUUCUAUUAUUAAAGUAGAGAUGUAUCAAAUACCUUAUAUCAAAGUGUACAGUUUAUAAAUGAUCUCUGAAUCAGGGAUCACUCAGGGAGCAACAGAACAGAAACCACCCCUCAUUCCUCCAUUUCAUGUUUAUUCAAUCUUUUACACUUUUUUUAUCACUUGUAGCAGUAUUUAUUUCUCAGGCUAUAUAUCACACACCUAUAGUACAUGGCAGUACAGACGUUGGUAUUGUUGUAAAGUGAUUUGUUGUUUUUUACAACGUUUUUCGGCUUUAUGACGCCCAUGCUUUGACUUAAUUUCAUGUGUCAUAAUGCACUGAUAGACAACAGUCUUAUACGGCUCGUUCAGGAGGUGCUACGUCAGAGGUAAACCGAGUAGUUUGUGGUGUGUGGAUUCUUUAAGGGACUACUAUGCAGAGUGAACAUUCCAGAACAUCAAUAUACAUCUCUGUCUCUCGCUUAUUGUUCAAACCAGGGGUUGUAACCAUAAUUAUUUUURGUUACAUUCCACUGUUCCGACCAUCAAAAUAAAGUUCUGAACCGGUUCAAAACCCCUAAAAAAUAWUUUUUUAUAUCAUUCCUUUCUCUUUCUUUUAAACCUCUUUAGCUCAACAUUAAACUACUUCYCCAAUCACUGUGGAUAGAGCAGCUUGCUAUGGAGUGGGAAAGCUGUAAUAGAUGUUUACAUGCAUUGGACAGACAAGUGUAGGGCACAAGAUGUGACUGAAAUUUUGCGGGUGGGGAGAGAGAGAGCGAGCAAUAGAGGGUGGAGGAGGCUUGGCUUGAAGUGCUGGGCAUUUUGUUAUGACAUGCAUUAUCUGAAUUAGGAUCACAGCAUUAUACUUGCGGAGGAGCAGAUUCAAUGAAGGAACUUUGAACGUCUUUGAACUUCCAAGACUUGGCUUAACUUUGGACCAGAAGCUUGUGUGUGUGUGCAGAGCGUCACCAGAAUUAAAAUAAAAACACAUUUUACCUUUUUGUAGUUAAUAAAGCCAACUUGAAACAUGAUAAGUAUAGUAUACUUAA